AUGACCGAGUCUGCCUUCAAGCAACCCUUAUCGUUGUUGCUGCGACAAGAAUGGAAUCUUUUUGGUCGCAAAACGCAAUGGGCGCACAAAUCACGGAUCGUGAGAACGCAUGUCACAGCACCAGGAGCAACGACCGAAGCCCGCCGUCAUCAAGCUGACAUUCAGUGGAUACGCCAUGACCAGCCAACAACAGGACUUCCUCUUCCUCAUCAACAACCCUUACGUCUCCGGGAGGAAACAAAUCCUCGUCCGCUAUCGUCCUACCUGACAGACGACUUUUCUCGCGCACACAACUACCUGCGUAUUUCAGUGACAGAGCGAUGCAAUUUGAGAUGCGUCUACUGUAUGCCCGAGAAUGGCGUCCCUCUGUCUCCAUCAGCGCAUCUCCUCACAACUCCUGAGAUUGUCUAUCUUUCGCAGCUGUUCGUAAGUCAGGGUGUUGAUAAGAUUCGGUUGACUGGAGGAGAGCCCACAGUGCGGAAAGACAUUAUAGAUUUGAUGACGCAGAUCGGCAGAUUGAGAAGGUCAGGCUUGAAAGAGCUUUGUCUCACAACGAAUGGCUUGACGCUUCAUCGCAAGCUGGAUGCCAUGGUCGAAGCCGGCCUUACCGGUGUCAAUCUGUCUCUAGAUACUCUUGAUCCAUAUCAGUUCACUAUCAUGACCCGACGCAAUGGUCAUGAAGCCGUGACCCGAUCCAUUGAACGAAUAUUAGAGAUGAACAGACUCGGUGCGGGUAUCAAGCUGAAAAUCAAUUGCGUCGUUAUGCGGGGGAUCAACGAGCGUGAGAUUAUACCUUUCGUCGAGUUGGGAAAGAACAAAGAUAUUGAAGUCCGCUUUAUUGAAUAUAUGCCAUUCGAUGGCAACAAGUGGUCACAGGGCAAGAUGCUGAGCUUCAAAGAAAUGCUUGCAACGAUACGAGAGAAAUAUCCUGAUCUACAGAAGAUCCAGGACCACAAAAACGAUACAAGCAAGACGUAUCAAGUCCCGGGUUUCCUGGGGAAGUUGGGCUUCAUUACGAGUAUGACACACAAUUUCUGCGGGACCUGCAACAGGUUGCGCAUAACCAGCGAUGGUAACUUGAAGGUGUGCCUUUUUGGUAACAGUGAAGUCAGCCUUCGAGAUAUCCUUCGCGAGAGAAACAAUGGUGAGCCUAUUGAUCAGGCAGCUGUGGACGCAAUAGACCAAUUAGAGACAGAUGCUCGCAAUGCCUCUCUCAGAGACAGUGACGUUUCAGAGCAAGACCAGCGGCUGCUGGAGAUAAUCGGCGCAGCUGUCAAAAGAAAGAAGGCGAAGCAUGCGGGAAUGGGCGAGCUCGAGAAUAUGAAAAAUCGACCUAUGAUUUUGAUUGAUGACCACUACUCGGCUUUCACACUUCCUUCCUUCUCCCGCCACCUCUCCCAAGAAGCCACUCUAUUCUCUCCUCAGCCGAGACCAUACGUUCAAGCACCGCAAUUUCCUAUCCUUCCAAGCAUACCUUUUGGUAUUCAGUUGCGGCGAUACCAUACUAAAGCCAGGGAAGACAUCAUUUCACUUCGCAAUACUAACGCUACGAAACCAAAAAAGCCUAAAUGGCUUCGUCCGGUUCAUGGUCAAGGGAGUUUUCGAAAGAUUCCGUCCCCUGAUCCAGUCUCCUGGAUCACACCAUCCGAGCCCGCACGGACAUGGCCGUCUCCUGUCUUUGGGUAUAUACCGCCAAAAUAUAACCUAAUUCAGAACCCUCGCCAUGAACCUCAGCUCUUGUCGGAUACAUACAUCCAGGCCCAGCCACCGGAUGAGCUAACACCAAGAAAUUCACGAAACCCACAAAAAGAUUCCACUGCCCAUUCAAAUAAGUCGCAGCAAGUGACCACUUCCACGCAUGAUUCAGCAACAGAAGCUAUUGUACAUUCAGCCCUGGUUCGCAACACACCCUUGCAGGAUUCAGGAAGUACAAGUUAUGUUUCAUCUGCAAGGACCGCCUCGUCACUAUCAACUGCAAAGAAGGCAUCCUUGAUGCCUUCCCCAACUCGCACGACAUCAACUAAGGGAAUUGGUAGAAAGCCAAAUACUAGACAGACCAGGAAUAUUAUGACUCUGAACAAUCCUUUUUUCACCUCUUUGCCUGGUGCAUUCAACAAUGACGAGCCGCUUUCUUCUCAGCAGGAGCCGGUCAAGCCCCUGUCGCAUCUCACCUCAACGGGUGAUGCGCACAUGGUGGAUAUCUCGCACAAGCCACCCACCCGCCGUGCCGCCACUGCUAAGGCCUUCGUGUUAUUUAGCAACACCCAUCCUUACACUUCUUUGACUCAAAAAUCCUUAGCCAAAGGCGACGCCACCGCUGUUGCUCGUCUAGCCGGCAUCCAAGCUGCAAAGAAAACUGCAGACUUGAUUCCGCUGGCUCAUCCCAGUUUAGGCAUCACUGGUAUCAAGGUCGACAUCGACCUGCUUUCGCCCUCAACUGAAACCCAUGCUAUUAAACCAGAUGACUACAUUGGAGAAGCAGGCUUUGAAUUUGGUGGUGUGAAGAUCACAGCUUAUGUCUCUUGUGACGGAAAGACAGGGGUCGAGAUGGAGGCUCUAACCGCGGCAAACAUGGCUGCAUUGACCAUGUAUGAUAUGUGUAAGUCAGUUGACAAGCACAUGGUCAUUACUGGAGUAAGAGUCACCAUGAAGAAAGGGGGCAAAAGUGGACCCUGGAGCGUGGAUGGGGAUAUCCCGAACGAUCCUCCUCCGGCACAGAUUUUUGAGUCAGUGCUGCAGAGGAGAAUGGCCGGCCUUGUAGAUGAGCCAGAAGCCCACGGCCCAGUUGGCGUUCCAGACUCUGGCCCCGAGAUUGUGGAGCAGGAUGAUGGCGCUGUUGUACCAGAAGCCGAUGAGGCCUUCCUCCAAAGCGCCGCUACCGAGCUCGAGCUCUUCAUUGCAAACACCACCUCUCCUACCAAAGCAGCCGAGAUUGCUGGACUGCGCCGCAGUCACAAGUCUCUAAGCGCCAGAAUCAAAGAACUGCAGAGAAGGACCGAACAGGGCUAUGAGGUGCAGGGCAGCGUCCAGAGCGAGUGGCAUCGAGACGGAAGAGUAGACCAUGACAUCCUUCAGCGUCUGCACGGGGAGCGACGCGAGAUUGCUAGGAAGGUGCUUGAAUGGAGAAUUGGAGGCGGUAGUGAGGUGAGGGAAGCUGAUAAAAAUGAGAUGGGAAUGGAGCUUGGGAGUCUAUGUCAGCGGACGAAGGAGGAAUAUGCAAAGGAGGCGGAGGGACAAUGGAGGUGGGAGGCUGGGGUGUAUGGGGUCUGGCGUGGUGAUCAGCCCCAUCCAGCGAGCCAGGGGAUUCGCAUAGAGGAGCAGAUGUAUGCACGGGAACAUCCUCAAGGUGCUGAGUCUUGA